UUCAGUGAGUGAAGUGCUAAAGUGCUGUUGGCAGAUUCAGACGCCUGAGUUGGCUGUCGACGAUGGAGUUGACAACGUCCCGCGGGAUUCUGUUCCUGUGUAUCGUCGUCAUCUGUAACGGCAUCAACCCCACCACUAUCCUGAUUGUGGGUGGUUCAUAUGACAACAUUCUCCAGGGUCAUGGUUAUGACUUGUUAAAAGUUAAAACGCUCGAACAUUGUCACAGAGUUUGUCUGUACUCGCCGAAAUGUUUGUCUGUAAAUUGGAACAUGAAGACAAGGUUUUGUCAACUGAACUCGGAAGACGUCGGUCCUGGAGCCCCUCUGAUGCCGUCCACGGGAGACGUGUACGUCCCUGCACUGAGCCCCAACAUCCAGAACCACGCUUGUACACCAAGCCCGUGCCGAUAUGGUGAUGUUUGUAUCCCCGUCACGGCAACAAAAAGUUUCGUCUGCUUGCGUCCUGACAUUGCAACAAAUACAAGUACAGCAUCUCCGACAACGGACUCAGCAGGGACUGCCGCACCUACUACUGCUGCCGCCACGACAACCACAACGACUACACCCACAUCGACCUCCACUAUAACAUCAGCGAACGGUGCUACUACUGUUACUACCACGAACACUCCACCUACAACCACGAUAUCAGCUACUACUGCCACCGCUACUACAACUACUACUACUACUACUACUUCUACUAUUUCUGCCACUUAUACUACGACAUCCAAUCCGACCUCGAUUAUAACGUCAAGUACAACUAGGACGACCCCUACAACUACUUCUACUCCGACAACCACAUCCCCUACAACUACCACUCCAGCAACAACGCAAGAUUUGUCGGGAUAUUCUGAUUCCUUCAGAAGAAUUCAAGGAUACGUGGUCUGGUUGCUCAACAACGAAUCAUACUACAAUGUUAACUCGGUAUCAAAGUGUGAACAAUACUGCAUACAGCACACGGCGUUCACGUGCAAGAGUUAUGAAUAUUAUUAUGCCCAAGAAUGGUGUUUCCUGCAAUCCUUCGUGAAGGAUGAUGCUCUCAGUGUGUGGACAGCGGACUCGAGGGGGGAUUAUUUUCAACGUUUAUUUAAAUGGGAAGUCUAGCUUGUUGUAUCAUCUCUGCCAUGUGAGUGAGGUUUAGUCCCACCUUGAAAAGUAUCUUGGUACGGCGAACUCUGGCGCCCUAGACUGUUGAACAAGACUGUUGAACAAGACAAUUAGCAUCCCCAAGACGAUUGUGGCGCCUUAGACCGUUGAACAAGACUACUUGUAUCCCCAUGACGAUUGUGGCGCCCUAAUCCGUUGUACAAGACUAUUAGCAUCCCAAAGACGAUUGUUUUGUCUUAGACCGUUGAACAAGACUACUAGCAUCCCCAAGACGAUUGUGGCGCCCUAGACCGUUGAACAAGACUAUUAGCAUCCCAAAGACGAUUGUUUUGUCUUAGACCGUUGAACAAGACUACUAGCAUCCCCAAGACGAUUGUGGAGCCUUAGACCGUUGAACAAGACUACUUGUAUCCCCAUGACGAUUGUGGCGCCCUAAUCCGUUGUACAAGACUAUUAGCAUCCCCAAGACGAUUGUUUUGUCUUAGACCGUUGAACAAGACUACUAGCAUCCCCAAGACGAUUGUGGAGCCUUAGACCGUUGAACAAGACUACUUGUAUCCCCAUGACGAUUGUGGCGCCCUAAUACGUUGAACGAGACUAUUAGAAUCCCCAUGACGAUUGUGGCGCCCUAGACCGUUGAACAAGACUAUUAGCAUCCCCAUGACGAUUGUGGCGCCCUAGACCGUUGAACAAGACUACCAGCAUCCCCAUGACGAUUGUGGCGCCCUAGACCGUUGAACAAGACUAUUAGCAUCCCCAUGACGAUUGUGGUGCCUUAGACUGUUGAACACGACUACUAGCAUCCCCAAGACGAUUGUGGUGCCUUAGACUGUUGAACACGACUACUAGCAUUCCCGAGACGUGGCACCUUAGACCGUUGAACAAGACUAUCAGCAUCCCCAAGACGAGUGUGGCGCCUUAGACCGUUGAACAAGACUAUUAGCAUCCCGAAGACCGCUCAACUAGAAUUUCGAUAGUCAUGAAGACGAUUGAAGACAAUGAUCGUACAAGAACUACGAAUGUCCUGAAAACGAUUGUGGGCAUGAAUAACAUACCUGUGUAAUUAACGUGACGGCAUCCACAAGUUUCCAUCUUUUCCCAAGAUUCUGAGGACUCAUUCGUGAAGACUCGCGCUAUUCUGAUUUAGUGUACUUACUGUCAAUACCAGAACUCAGAAUGCCUGAAUGAUGGACAGUCGAUCACCCGUUGGCUUGGAUGAUAUUAUAUUUUCACAUAAAUGACAUUAAAUAUAAUUGUGCAGUGACUAGGUUAUGUUCCGAGCCGUUUUGAUAAUAUUACUGCGAGGUCACGAAGAGGAACACUGGAAAAGGACUUUUGUCCCCGUGCUGAGAGCCGAACCGGGUCUCAGGCGUGACGAGCGAACACUUUAACCAAAGGGCUACUGCAUAUGAAUGUAUGUACACGUUUUUAUUUUCUGUUUCAAUUUGUUUAUUUAUCGAUUAAAUAUUAUCAUAAACAUAAAAUGUAUUGUUGUGUUCAUAACUUGAGUGGAAAUAACAUACCAUACCGUACGUACGAACGAACGGACGAUAUUAAACGCAUUUUCGCCAUACUUGUGUACUUAGAGCACAUCUUAUGUACU